GUUGAAAUCUCGUUCUAUUAUGGAGGAGAAAAAGAUUAAAGACAUAAUACUAAAUAUAGAAUUUCAGAAAAAUGUUCAUUUUUCCAUUUCCUUCCCGAUCGUAAGAUAAGCUUGCUGGAAAUCAAGUUUCGUAACCGCCUACAUUUUCUAGUGUACAGUUCUCGUAAGUACACAGCAAGCCAUUCGCAAAGAUGGUUUUCAAGUGCCAGGAGGAUAGUUUCCUCAAGCAUUAUACAGCCAAAGUGGUGUCGUGUACCAAAGCGAACAAUGGCUUCGAAAUUAUCCUAAAGGAUACCAUACUCUUCCCAGAGGGUGGUGGCCAACCUUCGGAUCACGGCUGGCUGAACGAUCACGAAGUGAAGAAUGUUGUCCGGAAAGGUGCAGAAGCAAUCCAUUUUGUGGAAGUAGAUCAAGUGCCCUUGCAGGCUGGUGAGCUUGUGCACCAAAAACUUGACUGGGAGCGUCGAUUUGAUCAUAUGCAGCAGCACUCGGGGCAGCAUCUGAUUACGGCUAUCUUCGACCGGGAAUUUGGUUUCUCCACUAAGUCCUGGUGGCUUGGAACGGAGGAUUCGUACGUAGACCUGGACACGAAGGACGUAACGAAGGAGCAAAUGGAGACGGUGGAAAAUAUUUGCAACCAACUUGUUGUUGAUUGCACCGCCGUCUCGGUGAAGGUUUAUCAACCAGAUGAUCCUGCACUGAAGACGGGGGCGUUGCGAACCCGUGGCCUUCCGGACGAUGUCAGCGGCCCAUUGCGCGUUGUAACCAUAGAUGGAAUCGAAAGCAACAUGUGCUGUGGAACGCAUGUCAAGAACUUAGCUCAACUUCAGGCAAUCAAGUUAUUGGGCGUCGAAAAAGCCAAGAACAAAUGUUUGGUACAUUUCAUUGUCGGGAACAGAAUUUUACGAAAAUUGAACGAAUGCUACGAAAGGGAGAUACAGUUUAACAAUCUUCUAAACGGUGGACCCUCGUCACACGUGGAUCUCAUUAAGAAACUUCAAACAACAGUCAAGGCAGUCCAGAAAACUUCAAAGAAACUUAUUGCAGAACUGGCUUUCCAAGAGGCGGAAAAGUUCACUGCAUUGAGUGACAAACCACGAUUUUACUGCCUUCAUCGAUUGGAUGGAGCAAGUUCAGAUUUUAUUAAUACUUUUCUGAGAAACGCAAAGCAACCAGAUUGUUUCUUCUUCCUGACUAAUGGCGAUGACAGUGGAAAGGGACAACUGCUGCUGCAAGGAAAACCGGAUGAUAUCGCCACCCUUGGGGAUGCAAUUUGCAAGAUGCUGGAUGGGAAAGGAAGUGGAAAAGGAUCUUUGUAUAACGCCAAAGUGAACAAGUUGAAAGAGGUAUGGCGGUGUCAAAAGUUGAUUGAAGAACAUUUUAAAGCAGAAAUUUCGGAAUCAGAAACUCGCUCCAAGUAAAAAUGUUGAACAAUGUAAAUCAGCUCUUCUUGUCAAUAAAAGAUCAAACACAA